AUGUCCAAGAAAGCAGUGCUCGUUGCUGCGUCGUCGUCGCUCUCUCCACUUCCCCAUGACACCCACCUCGCUCCGUUUGGCCACGUAGUUGUUGUCCCCACGACCACCCCCGUCCUCCGACCAACGGACUCGGCCAUGUCCCGACUGGAAGCGUUAGAAUCUGUCGCGGGGUUUGUGUAUUUGGUAUUCACGGUCGUGUGGGGUGGCAUGUACGUAAUAAUGCUCGAGCCGAGCUUGGCCAACGACAUGUGGUGGCCGCAUUUCAACUCGACAGGCCCCCAAACGUACCUGGGCGACCUCUGCAGCCGCCACUUGGCAAACGCACCCAACCACGUGGCGUUCGACUUGUUUUCCAAGCACAACGCAAUCCUGAAAGACUACAGCCCGGCAGCGACGACGAUGGAGCUGAGCGCAGUGUACCCCCGUAUGCUCAUGAUGCAGUCGACCACCGACCUCCCCGACGUGAUUGCUGGCAUGCACUUGACGUCGCUAACCAACAACGUUCGCAUGUACACGCAGUAUUGCUGGGCAGACUUUGACAAGCGCUUCGAGUUGGCGCACACGGCGCUCCGGCAGGCGCGGUGUCUGAAGAACGACGGCGACAACGCCGCCGUGCACCUCGAAGCGAUGCUGCGAAACGUCGAGUGGUCCGCCAUGGUCAAUACGUUCGGGGGCAUCGACGGUGUAUUUGACGUUGUGGUUGCCUCUGGUGUGCGCGAAUUUCCGGGCGGCGCGGCCUGGCUCGUGUCUGUGCAAAAUGCAUUUGUGGACAUCCCCACCGAAGUAACGUACUGGCUGAGCAAGGGCGUGCCGAGGUGGCAGCUCUUGUGGCACAACGCGUGGCAACCGGGCGUUGACGAGACCAUCACCGUGGCGAACGCACUCGGCAUGCAGCAAAACGUCGCCGUCAAAAAGAUGCCGUAUCUCCACCGGGGCUCGGCGUGGACGUCUAUUGCCCUGUACUACGGGUUCUGGAACGAACUCAACUAUGGGUACUUGGCCAAGUACUCACUCGUCCGCGGGUCCUCGACCAGGUUAGCCGUCAACGACUCGAAAUUUCAAGGGUAUGGUGUGGCGUCCCCCACUACCGCCAGCGCCGCGUGGCAGUCGCUGUUUGGCCCGUACGGGUCGAUCGAUACAAAGUAUGUCGACGUGCCACCGGCCCUGCUGACGGCGGUGACGGGGGUCCGGGAUGCGUGGACGCUGCUCCUGCUCGCCGAUCCGUCCCUGCUACCCCCUGCGUCCGUCCUAUCGACGUACGUGGUAAACCCGGUGCCGCCAUCGUGGCGCCAACCGCCCAACUUUGUGUUUGUCGGGGGGAAUCCCAUGUGCAUAUCGGCAAAACCCCAAGUCGUCCCGCAAGAAAGCUUUGGCUUCUACGACGUAUGCAUGCCUAAAAGUGUAGCGUUGUCUGUGACAUUGACGCCGUUCAGUGCCGCGUUCGCGCUCCUUGGCCUUGGGAUGCUGACUCGCGAUCAGCUUCCGGCGACGGUGUACGCCGUGUGUUCGCUGUGCGAUGCCACGGCCGGCGCAUGUCGUGACGCCCUUCGCGACGCCUCCGCCUUGUACCAUGCGUUGAAUACACUUUAUCCUGACCUCGUCGAUGUCGUUCGCACUGCGGCGGACGACGUGGCCAACAUCAGCCUCGUACAAGUCGGGCUCAACACGUCCAACCAGACAACGACGAUCCUGCGCCAGCCACUCGUGCAAGCCAACGACCUGUGGACAUUCUUUGGGUGGGUGCAAUUGUACGACUGGGUGCACCAAGCCCGCGAAGUGGUGCGCUUCGAAGGCGACAAGGGCACCGCCACCGUCAUGUCCCGCAGCUACGACUCGCAGUCGUUUGCCCCCAAUAGCUUGGAAAUUCCCCAGAGCGCCGGGCUGUACUUUAAGUACCUCACCACGUACAUCACGGUCGUGUUUGGGUUGGUGGCUGCGAUCAUGGUCGCGUUCGGCGCCGGGACGUCUUUUCACGUGUUGGGACGAAACCUCUUUCGGUUCAAUCGGGUCGUGGGGUCGGUGUGGGUCGGGCGCAUCUUCCUCUUCGUGCGCGGCAUGACCGCCGUCGUGUUACUCAGCACGUCCAACAUUUACUUUGUCACAGAUCACGGGUUUGCGUCGCUGCAGUGGGCCCCGUACACUUUCGUCGAAGCCGUCGUCAUCUCGGGGGAGGCGACGUGGGUAGUGUACGUCCUCCAGGACUUUUUAGUCGUGUUCGUGGACGACUACUCUUACUACGCCGCGCCUGUGAGCAGUAGCCUCGCGUGGGGACUGGUAUUUGUGCAGGAGAUCGUCUCGCCCAACAAGGCGUCAAUGAACGUCGAACGGCAGUGCACGACGCUCAUCAUGGCCAAGCAGAUCGUGUGCAACAGCGGCCACAUCAUUCUCGGUCAGUUCCACAGAGUCACGACCAUCUUGGCGAUCCAGGGGGGGUGCACACUGGGCGUUUAUGUCAUGGCGUGGAUGUGGCGGUGGAAGCGGCACGUCCCCCCCGUCAUGACGCUGUUCAUUUCAGGGCCCGCCGAGUCGUACUUGGACUUCGUUUCGCACAGCGGCCCCCACGACAUUGUCGCCAAGGCGGACGAGGAGGGGGGACUCACGAGCUUUGACAAGGUGUCGUGCAUCAUGUGUGGCUUGCUUACGUUUCGCGUUGGCCGCACCCCGUUCGUGUUUGACUUGAAGGCGUGGAUGCUGAUCCGGCAGCGCAAAUCCGAGGUCGCGACGAGCAAGAAGCACGUGUGUGCCUUUCGGGGUCCGUCAAUGAUUGACCUCCGCCCGUCGUCGUCGCCGCCACCAACGUCGGUCUGGAACUCGCUCGACAAACUUCACCGCGUGGUCGCAUUCGCUGGCCUGAUGUACAUGGUGUCGUCGUUGGCCGGCAGCAUCGUGUACAUUGCGUCUACGGAACGCAACAUGGCAAACGACUUUUGGUGGGCCAACUUCAACGCGUCGGGGGCCCAUGCGUACUUGGGCAACUGGUUUUCCAAGCAGCUUCUAUUCCACCCGCACAACUUUACCGGUGUGCUGGAUGACGUCAAGCACAGCGACUACAUUCGGUACAACACGACCAGCACAUUCAUCUCGGUGAGUCCGUUGUAUGCAAAGCUCGUGCAAUAUCACGAAGUCAACUCGAUCGAACAUGCGAUCCAUGGCCUGCGGAUCAUGGACGCGUGCGAGGUGCCGUCAAUCAUGACACAGUACUGCUGGCUGGACUUGAAGCGCCAGUUUCCGAUGGCCAACUCGGGCGCUCGCCAACGCCGCUGCGACGGGUACAAACGUAAUGGCGCCGUAUACUUGGAGUCUGCGUUGCGCAACAUCCCAUGGGAGUCCGCCACAGCGUGCUGGUGGGCGAGUUCGUUUGACAUUGCCAUUGGAAACGACUUGCGGCAAUCUGCACAAGGCAUGGCGUGGCUGGACGCGGUCAAGUCUGCCCGUACUACGUUCACGUUACAUGACGAAGCCGCGCUUUGGCGGUCGGUGGGCAUCGAGCACUACACGACCCAGUACCAAAACUUCAAAAAGCUGGGCGUUGUCGAGCGAUUUCACAUCCAAAACGCGUUCGGGAUUGCAUACCCCCUGACAAUCCAAGCGUCGAAACCAGUGUACCAAAUGGGCAUGGAAACAUCCCUCAAGCUAUAUUGGACACUAGCCAAGGAUCUCGCCACCGUGACGAGUGCGUCGUCGUCCAUUUUCGGCACGAGUCUGCUCGCGUCCAGCGCCAACUUUUCGUUUAUGAACACGUCGUUGGAGACGGUUCUAACGUCGGCGUUGGUGCUGAGCCAGCCGUUGGAUCCGACGCUCGCCGCCUUUCGACGCGCGGUGGGCCCGUUCGGGUCUAUUGAUGCCAUCCACAUCCCUUGUCCUGCCGCGUUAGCCCACCUGUACCAGUUUGCGUCCGAAGCCACCGCCGCGGUGAUCGCCAACGACGACGGAGCGCAGCGCGCGUUUGCUAACCUCCCCCAAGCUACUACUUGGCUGCCGUGUCCACCCGAGUGGCUCAACAUCAGUCGGUACCCCGGCACUGUCAUGUGCCCCAAGUCUACGUCAACCACAAGUACGUCCAUCUUGUCGCUGUGGGUCGACGGGGGGUGCAGCUCCCUCACCGAAUCCGUGUAUCCGACCCCCAUGACGAGCUUGGUCGCGACGUUAGCGGCGAAUUCCACAGACGUGAACCGGACGUGCCAGAGUGACAUGCGCACCCCCGCCACGUGCCGGAAACUGCUGACCCAAGUCGCUCAGUUUCAAGCGCUGUAUUGGAACCACAACGAGGACGGCGUGUUGGGUGGAAUAGCGACAUGGGCGCGCCUGGCCAAAGCCAGCAUCGCGGCCCUGAACGUGUCAUUUCUCCAGUUCAAGGCCCCCGAAGGAACGAUCCUGACGCUAGGGCUGUUUGACAACCCCUCGUUUGAGUUCUUCGCGUGGGGGUAUGCGUUUGAGUGGCUCACGGGGACGCGGGAGGUGGUGUCCUUUGAGGGGGACAACGACAAACUCGUGCUCUUGAGCUCCGUCAGCGUCAUGCUGUCGUCGCCCCCCAACCCCCUCGAGAUCCCCGCCAACGUCGCGCUCUAUUUUCGAGGGUCGGUGGUGUACAUCACGGCCAUGUUGGCGUUUGUGGCGGUGCUGGCGACAGCGUUUAUUAUGGCCAGCGGGGGGCACAUUGAGGGCCUCAACAUGCUCGAGAUGAACCGCGUGGGGGGGAUUGUCUGGUCCGGGCGGCCGCUAUUGUUUCUCCGCAGCAUCGUUGCCAUCUGCCUGCUGAGCACGGCGCCGCUGGAGCUGACGCAGCUGGGGGCGUUAGGAGCUAUGACCAUGUUUAUCUCCAACCAGCUCACGUGGUACAAACUGGUGCUCGCGGCAGGCGAAGUCGGGUGGUUCGUGUUUGUCGUGACUGACGUCCUCAUUAUCUUCACGCAGGCGUACACGACGACGUACGCCGUCAUGUGCGGCAUCUUGGUGUGGCUCGUCGCCGUCAUCUUCACCAUGGCGGUGCCCGUGGCGCAUUCGGUCUCUGUCCAUCGAUCUUGUAUCAUCCUAAGCAUGGACUUCCAGUCCGAGUGCACCGCCGGCACAGUGUACGUCGGCAGCGUCGGCCGAUUCACCCAAUUGGUGGUAAUGUCGUUGGCGAGUAUGGCGCUGUGCUACGCCGUCGAGAGGCUCCGCCGUCCGCGCUUGAAGGACACGAGACGACACAUGUCGAUGCUGCUGUCCACGAGCAGCAGGUACCUCUUUGCGCUCGACAAGUGGCAGUACAACAACUGCUACUACCUAGACAAGGCGUCCGCUGUCAUCACGGGCGUGCUGUGCGUGGAGCGACAGGGGCAGUUUUACGUACUCGACAUCAAGCUGUGGCGCUUGUUUGUGCUCCAAGUGCCCGCGGAAUACCGACCCCCUCCCGACCACCCCAUGCACGAACGGUCGUACUUUGCCUUUCCAUUGAUCGGCACCGGCAUCGACCGCGACAGCAACGACGUGCUGUCCCGCGUGGGGAGGUGACCGCCCACCUCGCGAUAACGUGUAUGUGUGGUGGCUCCUUGUCCUAUGUACGCACGUUGUAUGUUUGGUUGAGGUUUGGCCAGCUAUAAACAGACAUGGUACAUCAAUCCGUAGUAACGUUACCGUCACUGGUGUGGUCCGUUCUCCAGUGAUUGGGUAGUACCUGUGAAGACCCAGUUGGCUGUAGGGAUGCCUACUACCAACUCCAGCACCAUCGUGUUAUCGAGCCAUCGGACUUCAGCUCUCACAAGUGUAGUUCUAUCUAACACACAAAGUGGAAAAACGAGCACAUAUGGCUGCCGCAUUGCCCAACGCAAUAGACUUUAUUCCCCGAUGCCAGACUGUAUUAUUGCAAAGACAAAGAAGCAUCUACGGCGGCGAAUUCGAGGGCGGCGAUCUCAUCCUUGGGUUUGGUUCCGUCCACGAUCAAGAUAUUGGACGUGGCCUCAAACGUCGCGAGGACGGUGCCGCAGUUGUCGUGGUACUUGGCCAGCCGAUUACGAAUCGUGAGCUCCGUGUCGUCGGAUCGCUGGACGACUUUGUCGUGGAGUUCCGGCGGCGGUGGGUUGAACGUCAAGUGGUAUGUUUUGCCUGUGUCCAGGUCCACUCGUCGGCCAGAAAUACGCGUAACGACCUCGUCGUCGGCAACGUCCAACACGAUCACGAGAGUGGGCACGAUCUGGUGUGCCAGCAUCGCCUCGGCUUGGACGCGUGUGCGGGGGAAGCCGUCGAGGAGCCAGCCCUUGGUGGCGCAAUCCUGUUCUUCCAAGCGAUGGAGGAUCACGCGAAUGAUCACGUCGUCUGGAACCAGUUCACCAGCGUCCAUGAAGCUCUUUGCAUGCAAGCCGAUUUCGGUCCCUGCCUGAAUCGACGUCCGGAGCAUGUCGCCUGUGGAAAGAUGCACGAUGCCGUACUUGUCCACGAGCAGUUCGCAUUGGGUACCCUUGCCACCGGCGGGAGGGCCGCAGAUGACAAUUCUGGGAGGCGCCAUCGAUAUCACGAGCACAACGCAAAAAAAAAGAGAUCUUUUAGUCCUGAAUUCCCAAUACCGGUCAAACUAUGAAUAAACAUUUCUG